UGACAGUUCCCUGCAACCGAAGCCAUUGUACUUCUGACAAUUACGCGAUUGGCGUCUUACGUGAAUUAGUAGCAGUGCUUUAAGCGUUUUUAUUUUGCGUGAAGGUGCGCUAGUGCAAGAAUAGUUUAUCCUAGAAGCAAGAGCUUCAAAUCCUUGGAAUAUGCUAGUCAAAGGAUUUGUGUUGGGGCUGUGCCUCCUGGCCGCAGUCAACGCGGAUUUGGUCAGGGUAAAGCUUACUAAAUUUGAUUCAGCACGUCGCCAUUUCGAGAGUGUAGGAACAGAUUUAACUCAACUACGCUUGCAAAACAGGUACGGAGGACCUACACCUGAACCGUUGUCGAACUAUCUUGACGCUCAAUAUUAUGGCGCUAUUUCCAUUGGAACUCCACCGCAAAACUUCAAAGUUGUCUUCGAUACAGGCUCUUCAAACCUGUGGGUGCCAUCUAAGAAAUGCCAUUUCACAAAUAUUGCUUGCUUGAUGCACAACAAAUAUGACAGCAAUAAAUCAAAGACUUACCAAAAGAAUGGAACUGAAUUUGCAAUUCGCUAUGGAAGCGGAAGUCUUUCUGGAUUCCUAUCGGAAGAUACACUUUCAAUGGCCGGAUUGGACAUAAGGAAUCAAACAUUCGCCGAAGCUUUAAGUGAACCUGGUCUGGUAUUUGUUGCUGCUAAAUUUGACGGAAUUCUUGGAUUAGGUUACAGUUCGAUCGCUGUUGAUGGAGUUCGACCACCAUUUUAUCAAAUGUACGAUCAGAAAUUGAUUCAGGAGCCAAUUUUCUCAUUCUAUUUGAAUCGUGAUCCGAAAGCACCAGAGGGUGGUGAAAUUAUCUUUGGAGGAGUAGAUAAAAGUCAUUACACAGGUGAAAUCACAUACGUCCCAGUGACCCGCAAAGCCUACUGGCAAUUCCAAAUGGACGGAGCAUCGGUUGGAGAUGUCAAAUUUUGCAAUGGUGGAUGCAAAGCAAUUGCCGAUACUGGCACUAGCCUUUUGGCUGGCCCUGUUGAGGAAGCGACAAAAAUUAACCAAGCGAUUGGUGGAACGCCAGUAAUGGGAGGACAAUAUAUUGUUGCAUGUGAAUCUAUUCCAAAAUUGCCGAAAGUUCAAUUUGUUUUGAACGGAAAAACAUUCGAACUGGAAGGAAAGGAUUAUAUUUUGACGAUCAACCAAAUGGGUAAGACAAUUUGCUUGUCUGGAUUCGCUGGAAUUGAUAUCCCACCACCAAAUGGACCACUAUGGAUUUUGGGCGACGUAUUCAUUGGCAAAUUCUAUACUAUUUUCGAUAUGCAAGAAGAUCGUGUUGGAUUCGCCACCGCUGUUUAAAGGGCUUUCUACUGUUAUGUCAGUAAAGUUAUACAAUUUAAGUCUUCAGCGGCAUCAUAUCCCGAAUUUCCUCAAUUACGUUAAUAUUUAGACAAAUAGCAAUUCAAUUUAUUAAAAAUGAUGUUGCAAGCUUAAAA